GGCAUGGCUGACUACUCCGCCUUCACCUCUCCUGACUUCGACGCGAACGAAUACGCGAACGCAAUCCUCGCCGGUGAACCCUAUCCACCUCAACCUGGCGCUAAUUCUACAAAGCCGUCCAAGCCCACGGGCCUCGAGCCCGCGAAAGAGGAUAUUACGGUCGCUAUUGCGAAACUUGACUUUGGGAUUGAGGACGUCUCGAAACAGAUCAAGAACGUGGUGACUACUCAUCAUGAAGGACUGCUGGUGCAAGCGGCCGGUGUGGGAGAGAUUGAGGAGUCUCUGCAGUCCGUGGGCUCGGGACUGGAUGACUUGGACUCUUCCUUGACGAAACUGCGACAAAAGAUUCGAGACCCAUACCAAGCUCUCCAAUCGAGUAUAAACCGACUACAGCGCCUACACCAAGUCUCCGAUGCACUCCGAAGAACAUCGCGGUUUGUGGUCCUGGCAAAACGAUUGCAGUCUCAGAUGGUUGAACUUGGCGAUGGGAGUGGUAUACAAGGGGAAGAAUCAGGAUCGAAGCCGGACGUGAAGGUGAACGGGAGGUCUUCGUUCGAUGCAGGAAGGCGGAGUACGACGCCUGGAAUGGAACUAGAGGGAGAGAAGGAGCGGGCGUUGGCUCAGGCUGCUCUCAGUGUCGCAGAGAUUGGUGAUCUUCUUGAGGUGCCACCGGAUACGGACGACGAAUCGUCACCACCGCGAAUAUCGCUUCGUGAUAUCCAAACCAUAUCAGCACAUAUACCCUUCGUCGAAGCUUCACGAACUAAGAUUGCUGCUGACAUGGAGAAUAUGAUUCUUAACGGACUGGCUGAAACGAAUCAAGCCAUGCUCGCUUCUUCACUCCAAACGGCACAUAAUCUUCGCGUCCUUCCGGAGAUAGUCCAAAAUCUCGUGGACGACUUAUCGGUCGCUGUCGAGUCUCGCAUUCGGUCUGCAUUCGACAUGUCGAAAAUCUCCAAGGAACUCCUCACAAAAGAUUCUGCGCCCUCACAACAGCAACAUGUCGGCUACAAGUCACGGGUACGGACAGAGCCUACAAACUUGACUGCGCCGCAAUGGACGAACGCGCUUUGGAAUCGGCUGGCGACGAUGAUCGAAGAUGUUGCUGGGGCUUGUAUCAAAGUGUACACGCUCGAAAAGGUCCUCAAGGUCAAGAAGGAUCCUAUCUCUCAGGUCCUAUUUCUGGAUGAGGCGAUGAAGCUCCUCGAAAAUAGACCAAGCUUCACCUUUUGGGCAGCCCUCGGACGUGCUCUAGAAAAGCAGACCCGCGAUGCCUCAAGAAAUUCGACCUUCAUGCAACAAACACUUGGAAACGGUUACCCCCGCCUACUACGUCUUUUUCACGAGUUCUUCGCCAAGAUUGCAGUAUAUACCGACACUGUCUACUCCGUUACCCAACAAAGCCCAGAAACCAUCCUCAUUCUCCGUGCUCUCUCGACCUUCGAGUCCCAUUACCUGACUCGCACGUCCACUCGUCUAACCGAAUCGAUCUCCUCCGCCUUCCCCUCCAGUUCCACCACCUUCUCACCUACCUCCCGUGCAUCAAACGGCACCAACAACCCCGACACCGCCGAAGGUAUCAACGUCUCUCGUGCUAUCUCGAACGAGCUGGAUACGGCCAGGUUCGAUCCAUUACUCCUGAGAAACGUGGCGAAACAUGUAGCAAAUGCGCUGGAAAUGAUGGAAACGAGGGCUGAUGCGCUGGUUAGUAGGGAUAGGCAAGCUUUGGUGCUGGGUAGUGUUGGCUUGACGGGCCCGGGCUCGGGGGCGGUUGCGACGAGGGAGCAGAUCGUGAACGCGGGGGUGGGGAGCUGUGUGUGGACCGUUGUUGGGAACGUCGAAAAACUCAAAGAGGAGUAUCCUGAUGGUGUAUGGGCCAUUUUGAGACCCUCUGUCAAGAACCUCAACGAUCUCUUCAUGCAGAUCGUGGAUCCACUCCUAUCUGCGAUCAACAAGGAGCUGAGCGCCAUCAUUUCCAAAAUACAUAGAACCGACUUUGCGAAGGUUGGGGAUCCUAUGGCUGGUAUGGGAGGCGGGGCGAGUCCGUACGUGAAAGAGAUCACGGAGAAAUUGACAUUCGUGAAGUACGAGAUUCUGGGUCGGUGGAAUGUUGGUAUUCUGAGUCGAGAAUGGAUGAUCUCUAUAGUGAAACACGUCAUGAAGACCUUCGUCCUGCACGUUUCGAUCGUCAAGCCGUUGAAAGAGAGCGGUAAAUUGCAGCUUACCAGCGAUAUGACAGAACUGGAAUUCGCGCUUAGUGCUUUCAUGACGGAUAAUCCCCAAUCAAAGCGAGGUGCUAGCCUGGAGAUUAUUGGCGAUGAAUACAGAGCACUGAGAGCGAUGCGUCCGUUACUCUUCUUGGACAACGACUCUCUUGCUUCCUCGACACGCACAGCCAGUCUGCCGCCGCUGAUCGUCCUCCACCACAUUCUCGUCCGCUCACCCAUCGAACUCCCGCACCAACUUCACGGCUGGCAAGAAAGUGAAUAUGUAAGAUGGGUGGAGGAGCACAGCGAGGAAGAAGCUCUAACGCUGAUUGAUGGUGGAUUGAGUCACUGGGAGAAAGUUACGGAGAGCGAAGGGGGAGAUUUGGAUGUGGCCAAGGAGUACGUGGAAUUGGCCAGGAAGGUUUUAGAAGUGAGUAGGAGUAAGAGUGAGACUUGAGGUGGGCGGGUCAGACACGAUCCCAUCGCGCCGUAUGGCAGCAUAGCGGCAUGAGCUUGUUACACCUUUGUUUUUACUCGAGGCUAUAUGUCGC